AUGCUGCAACCAUUUGUGCUGACAGAGAAGCCUCGCGCUCCGCCCCGCCAGAGCCACAGCUCCUCCCAGCAGGGCCACGGCAGUUCCAAGGCUGCGUCUUUGCACUGGACAGGUGAGCGAGCUGUCAGUGUCCUCUUGCUGGGUCUCCUUCCUGCAGCCUACCUGUAUCCUGGACCAGCCAUGGACUAUUCACUGGCUGCAGCCCUCACUCUCCAUGGCCACUGGGGUCUUGGACAGGUUAUAACUGACUACGUCCAUGGAGAUACAUCCAUUAAACUGGCCAAUACGGGUCUGUACAUACUGUCGGCUGUUACCUUCGCUGGCCUCUGCUACUUUAACUAUCAUGAUGUUGGUAUCUGCAAGGCUGUUGCCAUGCUGUGGAGCCUCUAA